UAUAUCCAACACUGUUCCCGGCCUACAACAGACAGUACACUACCCCAAUACUUUCUGGUCCCCUACCCUGCAAACAAAGAGGGCAUUGGGGACGCAAGAGCGCUAAAUACAAUUCGUGUAGUUGAGCACCAAUCCGAGUUUCACUGCUUAGCUGUUCCAUACAUAAGCAGUGUUUGUGCGUACCGGUUGGAGUGAAGCAAGACUUUUCCGGUACACUCGGUUCCGGCAGUACCAGCGACUGCCACUCCUCUCCUCGACGAAAGAAAUGGAAGAAACUAGCAACACUCCGGACGCAUGUGAUGCCUCUGGGGCCAGCAGCGCCUGCACUAGCGACGGUUCGGCGCCGCGCUGUCCUGUGGCGCGCCCGAGAGUAAGGCGAAACGUAAGCACGGAUGCUCUUGACGGGCGCCAUGCAAGGAGUAAGGGGCCUUGGACGCUACUGGAAGAAGCAACGCUGUCUAUGCGCCAUUCCCAACUUGGCAACCGGUGGGCUGCUAUAGCAAAGUACUUACCCGGAAGGACAGAAAACGACGUCAAAAACAUGUGGCACAGCACCCUUCGCGCCAAGACCUGCCGCCGCAGUUCUCUCCUCUUCACCUACACACGUGCAGUCAAGGACUGCUGUGACGACCCCCAGGCGAGGCGCGCUGCCUACGAGCGCGCCCAGCAAAUCUGCAAUGCUGGCGCUGCAGGCUUGGGUGCUAGCGGCGUGUUGCCUGGUAGCGGGGGUGUGGCAUCCCUGCUGGGCAGGCAUCCCUGGAGCAGCGCUCCAGGAGUGGAACAGCUGCAAAGCCUUCAGCAAAUACCCUCGCCUUGGCAAACGGAGACCGCGAUUGGAUCGGCUGCUCAGUCGCUAAUCCCUACAGACUGCAGCCUAGGCGGCACUUCACUAACCACCGCCAACCACUUUGGUGGUGUCGUCGUCACCCCCGUCCGCAUCACAGCCAACAACUCGGGCAGUCUACUCGAUGGUUGCGGCGGUGGAUCCGGUUUCGGAGCGGAUUCGGGACCCAUUAGCGCCGCUGCAACCACCGGCUGCUGCUUCCGUACAGCAGCUGGACCGCCGGAGCUGCCCUCUGCUGCAAGCGUUCCCGUUGGCAACGGAUCCGUUGGCGGUUGCACAACAGCUGGCACUGCCUUUCCGGGAAUCAGCGUCAACGGAGGAGUCGGAGGAAUGUACGGCAGCGGUUUGGCAACGGGGUUGUCUGAAUGCCAGCCUGUAUCAUUGCAGUCCUUUCACUGCCGCCGGCUUUCCCAGCCGCUGCUUCCCGCCGUCCGCCCCGCUUCCACAACGGUUGCUUUUGACGCUUGUACGGCUGUGAAUUGUAAGCUGGAGGAUUUGCAGCCGCCGCUGAAGCAGCAGCGGUUCCUGUCGCAAGGCACACAGUUUUACUUCCAGCAGCCCCCGGUUAAGCUUGAGACGCCAACGGCUGCGGCUACCAACAGCGCUGCAGCAUCAGCAGCGGUUGUUGCGGCCGGCAGUUGCGGGGGGGCACCAGGUGCGCUUGGAGGCAGUGCCCGCAGCAACAGCAGCCAUGGCUAUGUGUCGCGCCUCGCUAAACUUGUGCUUGCAAGCGACACGACAACAGCAAACCCGUCUGGAAUGUCCUCCCCAGCGCAGCAACAACAACAGCAGCAGCAGCAGCGUCCCUCUCUCUACGCUGAAUGGCAGCGGCAAACGCAGCUUGCGUCACCGGCGCUGCAGUCUCAGGCAAAUCGUGGUCCGGCCAUUGGAUCAGGACUCACAGACAUGACAGCCGCAAGCGCCGGCGGCGGUUUCACAGAGCCGUUGCAGUUGCGCUUCCCCUCAUCAAAAGUAGCAGAGCUGGAGUUGGACGCCGGCAUGGCGUGCGGCGGACGACCCAUGGGUCAGGGCUGCCUUGAACCGCUUCCCGUGGCCGUUAGUUCGCGCAUGUGGGUCGGUUUGGGUGCGGUUUCUGCUCCGGCAACGGCGGUGGGGUAUUACCCUGCAGCGUCGGAAGCGCUGGCAGAGCAGGCGUGGAAUGCCUUGCAGCCGCAGUUAACGCAGCAGCAGCAACAGCAGCAGCAACAGAUGAAACAACAGCACCUCCAGUCCAGCGGUUACGGCCAACCGGUUGCCGGAGACCUCCCGGCCGGCCAGCCCUCUCUCAUGGCUGCUGCUGCCACCACCACGAGUCAAAGGGCAGCAGGCGCCGGAGCACCCGACAACAACAACAUUCCUCGCCCUGUGUCAACGGGCUACGUCGGAACUAACACGAUGUAUGCACCGGGCGCUUCCUGCCGCCGACCGCUGGAGCUUGGGAACAGCGCUGCGGGAGCCGCCUGGGACCCCGUGUUUCCGCAGCUGCAACAGCAGCCGCAACCGCUGCAGCAGCAACAGCAGCAUACGCAACAGCAGCAGCAGGCUCAGUGGUUGUUGAAGGCGGAAGACGGGGGUCGCGGCGGGGUGUGCGGUGUACCGAGUCGACCUGCGUCGGCGUGUGCGGGGGCCUUUGACGUGGCCGGUAUGUGGGAUGAAAUGGAGGUGUCGGAAGCGGCGGAUUCGAGGCAACAGCAGUUUGCCUCUCGCACCGGCAUAAUUGACCCGGAUGAGAAGAAGAGCGCCGGCGCUGGCCUCCUCCCGUCCUUCCUAGCUCCCGUUGACCUACAGCUCUCCCUGGCGCCCCCCUCCGCCAGCACCAGCUCCACCUCCUCCGGCUGGCAUAUGCCGGGCGGCAACAACCCCACCGCAGCCUCUGCAGCAGCAGCCGCAACAGCAACCGCAGCCGCAGCCGGCAUGAACUGUGCAGGAGGGCCUUUCCAGCGGGGGCAGCAGCAGCCCCAGAACAACGCAAGCUGGCUUGACGCCUCCUCCUCCACGGGCGCUGGUACUGCAGCUGCAGGGGUGUGGGCCGGUGUGUCGGUGAGUGCAGCUCCAGCUGGUGGGCAGUUGGGCAUGAACUCCCUGCGGCUGCCGGUUGCUACGGACGCCGCAGUGGUGAUGGGGCUGGAGGAGGAGGACAUCCUGGCGUGUCUCAGCGGACUUUGAGCGGGGCUUGUUUUGAGCGGGCUUUAAGGGGGGCUUUCUUGAGGAGGAACUGCGGUUCCGAUUCGGCUGCUGGUUGUCGUGGAUGGAUGGUGCUGUGGUGGCUGCGUGGACAGCGCAGCGUCGACUGCAGAGAUCCGGUUGGGGUCAAGGGCCGUGGAGGUUGAUUUUUCCUUCCUCCUAGCAAACCUAGCAAGGCUGGAGUCGGUUGUUCUUAAUCGGAGAUUUGGUAACCUGUGGUUGUGUAAUAAUCUGUGAACCGCGGAUGUAAGCGGUGUGAGUUUCGCGUGGCCGCCAGAAGAGCGGCGGCGUCUUGUGGGUAGUGCGUUAAAGGUGCUGUUCGACUGACGCGGUUAAGAUUGUAUGGAUAGAUGUGUUGUGUACCUGCAGAGAAAGAUAAAGGAUAGCAGGUUAUGGACUGCAGGGGUAUGCUAAUCAUGCAAAUGGGUAUCUGCGUGCCACAGCGGCUGCUUGGCAAUAUUCUUGGUUCCGUGGUAAGAAGGUGCGGGAAUGGAAGGGAUGAAGCAUGGAAAGGAGCAGUGGUAUUGAGAUCUUUACCGCGGGCAGGAUGUUCCGGGCGCUUCCAAAACUGAGCAUGUGGGGGGUUACAUUAUUGGUUUUGUGUUUUUU